CAGUGUGUGCCAUCCAUCGUCCAUCACCCGCCUUAUUAGAAUUAGCUUGUGCUGUGGCGGUGAUCUAUCAAUCUGAUCUGUUAGCAGCAGUUUGUUGAUACCUUCCGGGUCGCCGGAUAUAUACAUCCAUGGCGAAGCUUGCACUGGGCCACCGCGGCGAGGCGUCGGAGCCGGACUUCUUCCGCGGCGUGCUCGGCGAGCUCGUCCUCACCUUCCUCUUCGUCUUCAUCGGCGUCGGGGCCGCCAUGACCGCCGGUACGCUAACCGGCGCGGGCGGCGACCUGACGGCGGUGGCGCUGGGCCAGGCGCUGGUGGUGUGCGUGAUCGCCACGGCCGGCUUCCACAUCUCCGGCGGCCACGUCAACCCGGCCGUGACGCUCUCGCUCGCCGUCGGCGGCCACAUCACCCUGUUCCGGUCGGCACUGUACAUCGUCGCCCAGAUGCUGGGCUCCUCCACGGCCUGCAUCCUGCUCCGGUGGCUCACCGGAGGGCUGGCCACCCCGGUGCACGCGCUGGCGGCGGGCGUGGGCCCCGUCCAGGGCGUGGUCGCCGAGACCGUCUUCACCUUCAGCCUGCUGUUCGUGAUCUACGCCACCAUCCUGGACCCGCGGAAGCUGCUCCCCGGCGCCGGCCCGCUGCUGACGGGGCUCCUGGUGGGCGCCAACUCCAUCGCCGGCGCCGUGCUGUCCGGCGCGUCCAUGAACCCGGCGCGGUCGUUCGGGCCGGCGGUGGCCACGGGCGUGUGGACGCACCACUGGGUGUACUGGGUGGGGCCGCUGGCCGGCGGGCCCCUCGCCGUGCUGGUGUACGAGUGCUUCUUCAUGGCGCCGGCCCGCACGCACCAGCUGCUGCCGCAGGAGGAGUGACGUACGUACGUGACUGGAUCGGAGGGGAUUUGUUGGUAUGAUCUGGGCCGUCGGAUCGGAUUGCUUAAUCUAGCUCCUGGCUCUGUCUCUGUCUGUGUGUGUUUUGGACGACCUUCACGAGCUUGGGUUUCUUUGAUUGUUUUUUCCUUCUCAUUACGCUUUCUUUUGUUUGUUUGAGAAGCGGCUUAAUUUGUUCUCAUGAAAAUUAUUGCAAAUUUCAUUUGUGUGGAUGUAUUUA